CACACGUGGGCUGCCCAGCUUCACAAGACACACAGUGUGAUCCAUCCAGCUUACCGGCUAAUUCCUUCCGGUCAUCAAGGUCUCCAGUCAACACCAAGGAUCGGUGAGACAAGUCGGCCUUUUGACAAGGAUUUUGAGGCCGCCAUGAACAAUGAUGAGCUGAGACUUUGAGAAACCGAGGUCAGUGGGGAAUCAGCUUGUCGUUUGUUCAUUAAAAAGGCACGUCCUCAGCUGUUUCGAUACUCUCUUCUCACUUCACUCUUCAGUCGUCACUCCUCAGACUCCACAGCUCCAUCCUCAACAACACCAGCCCAAACAGCAACCAUGGUUCUCCCCAAGAGCAUCCUCCUCGCCCUUGCCGCCAUCCCAUGCGUGCUCGCUGCUGUCGCCAGUCCUCGUGCUCCCGAUGUUGACUUGGACGAUGGAAUGACAUGGACCGGUCGUAUCUUCAAGACCGAUACAGAGGUCACCGAGCUUCACGGCACGGCUACGGAAAUUCUCGCCCAAAUUCUCGCCAUCAACCCCGAGUACAACGCUGCCGAGAUCGCUCCCGAGGAUGCCCUCGAGGCCCUGGAGAAGCGUGCCGAGGUGCUCACCUGCGGAACAAUGGCUACCGGCGACCAUGAGCGGUCCAUCACUGCUGCCAAUGAUCUCAAGAAGCUAGGCCAGAACUGCGGUGCCCCGUCCAAGCGCUGCCGCCGCAUGACAUGCCAAUCCACCACCGCCAGUUACAUCUGCAGUGAGAACAGCUCGGAUGUUUCCAUCCCUUGCUCCACUGCCGGGAGACAGGUGAACCAUAUCAUGCUCAACUGCUGCCGAGGCUACAGGGCUGGAAGAUCUGGGCACAUUUACCAGGACGGAAGAUACAGCAUUUGGCUCGGCUAUGGAAACUGCAACCACGCCACCAAUGUCUUCCCCCACACCUACCCUUAUCCCGGUGGAUACGUUAACGGUGGCUGCUACGACAACUAAGGCGGAAAGGGAGAUGAGACAGGCAUGUACUUACAAGAAAACGAAAAGCGGGUGAGGUGAGAUGGUUAGGGAGAUAGACACACGAGUAUCAAAGCAGAGAUGGAUAGUUGACUUCCAGUAGUUUUGCCUACUUCUGAGAUGCCUGCUGAUAUUCCAUGUCCCAUCUUAGACUUGUGCUGGACCAGG